AUAAGCAGGACUGCCACUGCCAUUUUAUCUUUGUGGAGAAGACGCUAGAGGAGGUUCUUGCUUCAACAGUGCUUGAACGGAACUUCUUUCCUUCGUCUGAGACUUCGUUACAUUCCUUGUUUUGCUUAGGAUUUGAGUCAUACUUUAAAUUAUAUUUUUCUAUUUCAUUUUGAUAAUAAAACCCGGAAAAUUAUCGCCGAAAUGGAGACUUCUCAGAUUCGCCAGAACUAUCACCGUGACUGCGAGGCAGCCAUCAACCGCAUGAUCAAUAUGGAGCUGUUUGCCUCAUACACCUACACCUCGAUGGCGUAUUAUUUUGACCGUGACGACGUCGCCCUUCCUGGAUUUUCUCACUUCUUCAAAGAGAACAGCGAUGAGGAACGGGAGCAUGCGGAUAAAUUGAUGGCCUUCCAGAACAAAAGGGGCGGGCGCAUCUUCCUCCAGGAUGUGAAGAAGCCAGAGCGAGAUGAGUGGGGUAGUGGGCUGGAGGCCAUGGUGUGCGCUCUGCAGUUGGAGAAGAACGUCAACCAGGCCCUGCUGGACCUACACAAGAUCGCCAAUGAGAAAGUGGAUCCUCAUCUCUGUGACUUCCUGGAGUCCCAUUACCUGACUGAGCAGGUGGAUGCCAUCAAGAAGCUGGGCGACAUCGUCACCAACCUCACAAAGAUGGAUGCCGCCAACAAUAAGAUGGCAGAGUAUUUGUUUGACAAGCAUACUCUGGGAAGCAAAAGCUAAAUUAAGGGCUCAGCCUAUGUUCUCAGUCUCUGCUUGGCUACUCCAUUAAUUUGCCAUUUCCUUAAUUUGUCUUAUGGCAGCCACUCCAAAUGCUGUCGCAAAGGUUAAGGCUGUUUUUCAGACUGAUUUUAAACCGCAGUUGUCAAUCUGAUGAAUAAACAUUUUGAGCAGA